UGCCGCCAUCGCCCUGGAGGCUCUGAAGGGAGCGGGACCAGCAGGGCUGUGCAUCGGGCGGCUUUGGGCGCUGGUGCUCUGCUAACGAGGCGGAUAAAUAAAAUAAAGGCGUGAGGGCGGGAGUGAAACAGGCUGAUCGUAGAACCGGAACCAACGGGUCUGCAGGCGUAAUGCGAGGAGUGAGAACUGCAGCUGAAUGGAGCUUAAAGGGCCCCAGAUGAAAGAAAGAACACGAACAUCUCUGACGGUGUGAGAUGUGUCUGGCUGUGACCUCCUUACCUCAGUAAUAAAGAAGAGUUUUUCUACAGGAGCUUAGAAUAUCUUUACUCCAGCUUCUUAAUAUACUAACUGGAAUGGUGCUCUGACAACAAUUCUCCAUUAUAAAGCACUUACCCUACUACAGAACAGUAUUUCUUUCUCUACUGAUAAUGUAACUCAAUGGCGGAAAAUAAUGUUUUGGUAAGCAUGCCUGAAGAUCGUUCCUUUCACGUGCGAUACAGGAUGGAGGCUUCCUGCCUGGAGCUGGCUCUGGAAGGCGAGCGCCUGUGCAAGGCAGGAGAUUGCCGUGCUGGAGUGUCUUUCUUUGAAGCAGCUGUUCAGGUUGGAACUGAAGAUCUGCGAACCCUGAGUGCUAUUUACAGCCAGCUGGGCAAUGCCUAUUUCUACCUGCAUGAAUAUGCAAAGGCCUUGGAAUACCAUCACCAUGAUCUAACUCUUGCAAGGACAAUUGGAGAUCUACUGGGAGAAGCUAAAGCUAGUGGGAAUCUGGGCAACACCCUAAAGGUACUUGGGAAUUUUGAAGAAGCUAUCGUUUGCUGUCAGAGACAUCUGGAUAUUUCCAGAGAACUUAAUGAUAAGGUUGGAGAAGCAAGAGCACUAUAUAAUCUGGGAAAUGUGUAUCACUCUAAAGGGAAAAAUGUAGCUAAUGCUGGGACUCAUGAUCCAGGGGAACUUCCAGAUGAUGUGAAAAAUGCUUUACAAAAAGCUGCAAAGUACUAUGAGGAAAACCUGUCAAUAGUGACAGAGCUGGGUGACAGAGCAGCACAAGGGCGUGCCUUUGGAAAUCUGGGAAACACACACUAUCUUCUGGGCAACUUCAGGAGUGCAGUUUUAGCCCAUGAACAGCGUCUCCUAAUUGCAAAAGAAUUUGGUGAUAGAUCAGCAGAAAGAAGAGCAUACAGCAACCUUGGAAAUGCCUACAUAUUUCUGGGGGAAUUUGAAACUGCUGCUGAGUAUUACAGGAGGACUCUGCAGCUGGCUCGGCAGCUGAAGGACAGAGCUGUGGAAGCACAGGCCUGCUACAGCCUGGGGAACACCUACACUCUUCUCCAGGACUAUGAGAAAGCAAUUGAUUAUCAUCUGAAACACCUGGUGAUUGCUCAGGAACUACACGACAAAAUUGGGGAAGGAAGAGCGUGCUGGAGUUUAGGGAAUGCUCAUACUGCUCUGGGAAAUCAUGACCAAGCCAUCCAUUUUGCAGAAAGGCACCUGGAGAUUUCAAGAGAGGUAGGAGACAGAAGUGGAGAACUCACUGCCAGACUUAAUCUCUCAGAUCUUCAAAUGGUUCUUGGAUUAAGCUACAGCACAAAUAACUCCAUGAUGGCAGAAAGCCACGCAGUGGAAAACAGUUUGAGUGGUGGCAGACCAAGAGGACGCCGUUACAGUAUGGAAAACAUGGAGCUUAUGAAAUUAACACCAGAAAAGGUUCCAAACUGGAACAGUGAGAUUCUUGCAAAACAGAAACCCCUGAUUGCCAAAACUUCAGCAAAACUUCAUUUUGUAAAUCGACUAAAAGGCAAAAAGUACAAAAACGGCACCACCUCCAAAGUUUUGCAGGAUGCCAGUAAUUCCAUUGAUCAUCGACUCCCAAACUCUCAGAGGAAAAGCAGUCGUGAGACGAUGGCAGACGAAGGGUUCUUUGAUCUGCUGAGUCGGUUCCAGAGUAACAGGAUGGAUGAUCAGAGGUGCUGCUUCCAGGAGAAAAACAGACUCCCAGCUGCUUCAGUGGCAACAUCCUCUACCCCACCUAAAACAAUUAUAAAAUCCUUUUCCACGUCGGUGGUGUCCCCGCACACGGACGAGUUCCUGGAGCUGCUGGCGAGCUCGCAGAGCCGCCGGCUGGAUGACCAGCGCGCCAGCUUCAGCGAGCUGCCCGGGCUGCGGCUGCGCCAGCGCGGUGGCCAGGCCCUGCUGGGCCACCUCGUGGCCAGCAGCAGCAGGGACCUGGAUGACGACUUCUUCGACAUCCUCGUCAAAUGCCAGGGUUCCAGACUGGAUGAUCAAAGAUGUGCUCCUCCAGGAGCUGCCAAAGGCCCCACUGUACCAGAUGAGGAUUUUUUCAGCCUGAUUCUGCGCUCGCAAGCCAAGAGAAUGGAUGAACAGAGAGUCCACUUGCCCUCAGCUAUAAAGGGACCCAAUUCCAGCUGAAGACCCCAGAGGCAUGUACUGUACAGCAGCAUCCUAGGGAUCAUUCUGGUUUGCUGGAAAAGCACACUUGCCUUUUUUAAGAUGACUACAAUUAGCAGCUUUGUCUCCUUUCUCCUGAUUUUUCACAGAAAUAGCAGCAGCAUCACACUGGUGAUCAGUAGUUAGAGAACUGCCCCUGCUCUUGCAGUUGGCAGCUGCUUUCAGAGCAGUGUCUGAGGUACUGGUACUGCGUCUCCUUAAUUGCCUCUAGUCUAUCAAAAUUAUGAUGAUUUUUCUCUAUCAGUUCUUUCAUUGCUCAUGAGUGGAUUCUACCACUGUUGCAAUCUAGUAUAAGACUUGAAUUUUUAUGUUCUUUUUAAAGAAAACUUGAUUUUUUUCCCCUGAUUUGUACCUCCUGACAAA